GUGUUAGACGCGGGACAAGUGGUUGAGUACGACAUUCCCCACCAUUUGUUGGACACAAGCGAUGGUCUGUUCAGCAAAUUAGUGAAACAGACGGGAAAUCACAUGACUAUUAGAUUGAAACAAAUGGCGAAACAAUACUAUUAUCACAAAAAUGGUAUUAAUUUUGAUGAAAAAGACAACGAAAAUGAAGAGGAAGUGGACAGCGAUUGCAAAGAAGAUUGGGUGUGGAGUCUAUUCAUUCGGGCGCACAAAAAGGACCUCGAGUUCAGUGAUCUCUACCGCUGCCCAAAAUCAGAUGAGACACAUCGGGUCCGACAGAAGUUGCAGAUCAAAUGGGAUAACCAAUUGAAAAGUAAAGGAAAACCAUCACUAUUUUGGGCACUAUUCGCAUCGUACGGACUCGAACUCAUUGUCCUCUAUAUCCCCGAUGCAAUUAGGGAAUUGGGACUGAAUUUGUUUCAGGCGUAUUGCAUAGUAUAUUUGGUGAGAUAUUUCAACGAUGAUCCCAACACUAGCCAGUGGUGGGCCAUAUGGGCGGCCGCGGGUAUUGUGUUGUUGUCUAUUGUUAACAUGUUGAUCCAACAUUUAACUUUGGUCUCGUGCAGCAAAGUGGCUGUCAGAACUCGUGCCGCCUGUUGUGCUUUAAUCUACAGUAAAGCGGCGAUUGUGUUGUACCUGUUGUGGUCACACUUGCGGUGGGCGUGUUUGACGGGAAUGGGAAUACUCGUGCUGUUUAUACCAUUUCAAGUACUAAUGGGUCGUAUGUUUCGGAGUAUACGCCAAAACACGGCUAAAUUAACUGACAGUCGAAUCCGUUUAAUGCAAGAGAUUAUCGCCGGAAUGCGUGUCAUAAAGAUGUACGCCUGGGAACAGCCCUUCGCACAGUUGGUCGCAACCGCUCGCAAGGCUGAAGUGAAACAAAUUAGAUAUGAUGCACCCCGAGCUAUAGCCGCACUCAAUGAACUAAUUAUAGUUAUCAAACGUAUCCAGAAUUUUCUAUUACUCAAAGAGACGAGUGGUUUGAAUGAGAAGGAAGGGAAAGACAACGAGGCGUUCAUUUCGGGAGGAAAUGAUAUAAUUCUCGGAGUUAUGGAAAACACUUCGAGUAAUGAAGAAAAAGGCGUUUUUAUGGACAAAAUGAGCGUUCGUUGGAAUAAUGAGACGACUGAACCCACGCUUCGGGACAUUAGUCUGAGUGUAAAACCCGGCGAACUGUUGGCUGUCGUCGGAUCCGUUGGCAGUGGAAAGAGCUCAUUAUUGAUGGCAAUACUGAAUGAGAUAUCUGUAGUGUCGGGUCGUGUGGUAGUGAGGGGUCGGGUGUCGUACGCGCCGCAGGAGUCGUGGGCUUUCAUAGCGAGUGUUCGACAGAAUAUUCUGUUUGGCUCUCAAUAUANGUCGUACGCGCCGCAGGAGUCGUGGGCUUUCAUAGCGAGUGUUCGACAGAAUAUUCUGUUUGGCUCUCAAUAUAAUGAAGAGAAAUACAAUCGAGUGGUGAAGGCGUGCGCUUUGGACACAGAUUUCAAACUCUUCCCAUUCGGCGACCAAACUCUAGUCGGCGAGAGAGGGCUGGCAUUGAGUGGCGGACAGAAGGCUCGGCUGAGUCUGGCCCGGGCUCUGUACCACUCGGCAGACAUCUACCUCUUGGACGACCCUUUGAGUGCUGUCGACACACAUGUGGCCAAACAUCUCUUUCAGAAAUGUUGUGUUGAAUACCUAAAAGACAAGACAAGGGUUUUAGUGACCCAUCAAAUCCAGUUUCUCAAAGGCGCGCAUCAAAUACUUGUGCUCAACGACGGCGAGUGUGUGGCUAUCGGGUCCUACACUCAGCUCAAAGAGCGCGGCAUUGAUCUCAUGGCAUAUCAGAGACAAACUGAUGCAACAAAUGAUAGGAGAUGUGUAAAGAGAAGCACUUCAUUCACUCCAUCAUUAAUCUCAUCCAUUAGUGAGGGAUCGGAAGUGACGGACGUUAGGGAACCGAUAGAAGUGGACGAACAGGAAGUGAAGGCCGAACUCAAAAUGAUUGGAUCCGUUGAGUCCACUGUAUAUAUGGAUUACAUUAAGGCCGGCGCCGGACCUCUGCUCACAACACUUACCAUUUUGUUUAUUAUUAUUUCACAAGUUCUCUAUCAGGGAAGCGAUUAUUGGUUGAGUGUAUGGACCAAUCAAAUGAGUGAAACCUUCACAAAGGUAGAUCAAACAUUCAACAUAAUAGUGUACACGAGUCUAAUCAUUGGUCUGUUUGUGUCGGCCCUGUUGUCCACCAUUUGUUUCUACAUAAUGUGUAUGAGAUCUUCGGUUAAUCUCUAUAACCGAAUAUUCUAUGCAUUAUUGCGAUCACCGAUACAUCUGUUCGAGAGUUCGCCCAUCGCCCGGAGUCCGGUGUACUCUCACGUGAACACAACGCUGUGUGGGCUGACAUCGAUCCGUGCGUUUGGC